AUGAAGAGCAACAACAGCCUGACUCCCUCCUAUUUUCAGUUCACUGUGUUUGCAGACUAUGGGCCCCUCAGAUAUCUUUUCUUCAGCCUCUCUCUGUUGAUCUACAUGACUAUAAUCUCUGCUAAUCUUGUCAUUGUUCUGUCAGUCUGCCUGGAGAACUCUCUGCAUCAGCCCAUGUAUAUUUUCAUCUGCUCUCUGUGUUUAAACUCUCUGUACGGCUCGACCGGCUUCUUCCCCAGGUUCCUGAUGGACCUUCUGUCCAAUACUCAUUUCAUCUCAUGUCCGCUCUGUUUCACUCAGAUGUAUGUUAUUACUACUUAUCUAGGACAUGAGGUGUCUCUCCUCACAGUCAUGGCCUAUGACAGGUUUGCUGCUAUUUGCCAGCCUUUACACUAUCACAGUAAAAUGACAUUUAGGACGGUGCUGCUGCUUUUGAUUCUUGUUGUGCUCUAUACUGUAGGUGGUGCUGCCUAUGUUUUAUAUCAGCCCACCACAUUGCCGUUGUGUGGAAACAAACUGAACAGGAUUUAUUGUAAUGACUGGUCUGUAACUGAGCUCUCCUGUGAGGACCUAACUGCUAUACGCAUAACAAGUCAUUUUUAUGCUAUAGCAUUUUUCUUUAUCCACUUGAGCUUUAUUCUGUACACCUACCUGCGCAUUCUGCUUGUCUGCAGGAGAAGUUCAUCUGAAUUCAGAGGAAAGGCCUUACAGACCUGCCUGCCCCACAUUGUGACCUUUGGAAACUUUUGCAUCUCAGUGCUCUGUGAGGUUUUACUGAAUCGAUAUAAUAUUGAUGAAGUAAAUCCAUCUGUAGUUAUUGCUUUAUCUCUGGAGUUUCUGAUCAUCCCUCCCAUCAUUAACCCUCUAGUUUACGGCCUGAACCUGCCUCAGAUCAGAGCAGUGGUGACUGGAUUUCUAAGGGCAGAAAAAAGGCUUCUUUUUACAUAA